AUGUCUAAUGAACAUGAUGAUUAUGACUACCUAUUCAAAAUUGUUUUGAUAGGGGAUUCUGGAGUAGGCAAAUCGAACAUUCUAUCUAGAUUCACUAGAAACGAAUUUUCAGUUGAAUCAAAGUCAACAAUUGGUGUAGAAUUUGCAACUAGGAGUAUAGAGAUCGAGAAAAAAGUAGUGAAAGCUCAAAUAUGGGACACAGCUGGACAGGAGCGGUAUAGAGCAAUUACGAGCGCAUAUUACAGGGGAGCUGUGGGCGCGCUUCUCGUUUAUGACGUUACAAAGAAAGGUACGGCAAUUACCAAGGAAAUCAAACUUAUAUCAUAUUCAUUAGAAACUUUUGCUGAUGUUGAAAAAUGGCUGGCAGAAUUGCGGGAUCACGCUGACUCUAAAAUUGUUAUAAUGCUGACUGGAAACAAGUGUGAUCUUCAGCAUUUACGUUCUGUGACUACCCAGGAUGCCGAAAUAUAUGCUGCAAAAGAAGACUUACUAUUUUUGGAAACAUCAGCUCUCAAUUCUGUAAACAUCGACGCAGCUUUUCAAAAAGUUCUGAGUGUUAUUCAUGAGGUGAAAAGGUUUUAUGGAGGGAUUUUUCAUGUUUUUAUUGAGCAAUUUGGCUGCAGCGUUCACAGACACUAG